CGACGUGGACGCUCCCGUGCCUCCCUGUCCGGAGCCCCCAGGGGCUGCGCAGCUCAUCUGAGGACUGAGGAGCUCGCCCCGGCGCCCCCGCAGCGCAGGGCUCGCGCACGCCGCUCCAGCUUUUAAACGAGGGCCUGAGAGCCUGGCCAGCCUCUCCCAGCCUUUUUGGACCGCCGCGACGGCCCGCGGACGCCCCCGAACGGCUCGAGACGCCGUCGCAGCGAAGCCACAAAAAUGCCCUCGCACCACUCCCAAAAGCGGCCGCGCGGCGUCGCGAGCGGGUCCUGGGAUUUAGAUGCGGCGGCACCACCCACGGAAGAGCAGGGCGACCUCGGCGCGGCGCUGGAAGCGGAAUCGAGGACGGUAGGCCUCGCCUUAGGAACACCUCGAGAUUUCGACCGGCGCUUCGAGGUCUGCGACGUGAUCGGGCGCGGCGCGUUCUCCGUCGUCAGUCGUGUGGUAGAACGAGCGUCGGGGCGACGGCUAGCUGUGAAAACGUUAGAUGCCCGACCGCUGCGGCUACGACCGAACUUCUCGCCGAAACGGCUGCUGCGGGAGGCCUGCAUCCUCUCGCGGCUGCGCCAUCCGAACGUCGUAAGCUACGUGGGGGUCUGGGCCGGCGGCGAUUCGUUGCGACUCGUCAUGGAGGAGGCCGCGGGGCGCGAGUUGUUCGACGUCAUCCUCGAGAAGCAGGCCAUCGAGGAACCGCGCGCGAAGCCGAUCCUGCGCCAGCUCACGGGCGCUUUAGCUUAUUUGCACGAACAUAAAAUAGCCCACAGAGACGUCAAGCCGGAAAACGUCCUCGUGUCGAGCGACGAGCCGCCGCGCGUCACGCUCAUCGACUUUGGAUUGUCCAAGGCAUUGCUGGAGGAGGGCGACGAGGAGGCCUUUCCCUUGUUAGCUACGUCCGUCGGAAAGACGUUCGUGGGCACGCCCUGCUAUCUCGCGCCGGAGAUCGAAGCCAUCCACCAGGGCGGCGCCGACGCUCCGAGAAGCUACGGCGUCGCCGUCGACGCCUGGUCUCUUGGAGCCGUCGUCAACGUCACGCUUGUAGCGAGGUUUCCCGAGUUUGAGAGAUCUUCUGCCAAGUCUAGGGUCAAAGUCGACACGGCCGCGUUCCGAGGCGUCUCGCCCGAAGCAAGGGACCUCGUCGCGCGGCUCAUGGUGCCGAAUCCCGCGGAACGCCUUACCACAAGAGACGCGUUGGAUCAUCCCUGGUUGUCAGAUGAUGCAGAAAGGCCGUCCUCGCCCAUCAAAAACGUGGACGACAUGGCGCUCGUGCCUAGAAAACCGGAGACAGGGGAGCCCGUGUUCCGGGUCGACGACUUGUUGGGCCUGCAGCAGACGAUCGCCGUGUGUUUACGGAGUGCCUUCGCGACGUACCAGGACGUGCCCGGGGUCUCUCGAGCUUUGAGGCAGAGUGCGGUGCUAUGUAGAUCACAGUUACUGGAGAACGCGAAACUCCUGAGAAAAAUAGAACAUACAGCUUCGUCGGUCCUCGACAUCCACGACGAUCUUGAGUUAGCGGUCGACGCCGGGCAAUCGGCACUAGCCAGAGAACUCGUCGCGACCGUCAAGGGCUGGGUCGGCGGCCUCAAGGAGGCCGUCAAGGACGUCCAGAAGGGCAACGCCGCGCAGAUGCGCCACCUGCACCAGGCGAUUAGUGAGGUCGAGAGCGCCUGCGAGAAGGACGGCUAUGAUUCGGAUUGCGCGACGAAGGACGGCCGCGAGCCCCUCCCCUUACCGAAGACCGACGAGUCCCUCCACGACGGAGCGCUGGACGGCGUCGAGGACGCCUUGAAAGCAGCGACGAACGCCGCGUCGGCCAUCGCCACCGCUUCAAGAGACGCGCGGUCCGCCUCCUUUUCUGUGCAAGAAACGGCCAUCACGCCCCAGUUCUUCCCGGACGCGCCGGCGCCGGAGCGGGUCUUCGAGCUAGCUCUUCGACAGUUGGAGCGUGUUGAUGCGGUCCUGGAACGGUUGGCUUUACUCUGGGAUUCGACCGAGGUCGUUUUUGACACUUUAUUACAAAAGUCGGAGCACAUCGAGAAAUUUCUCGAAUUUGCCAGGGAGCCGCAAUUACUGGGACGGUUCCGGCAAAGGUUGGCGGAGUACAAGCGGUUCUGGGUCGACGUCCAGGCCGUGUCUCGAGCUACUUUACAGAACUCGCCGCGGGGCGCGGCGGUCGAGUGAGUCCCCUUUUUCGUCAUAUAAGAAACCCGUGUGUUUGA